AAAACGGGUCUUAUAUUUUCGCGAAAAAAAAAUCCAAACGCGCUCCUUGCAGGAGUUCCAGACUUAUUCCACAGUUGUGUGCUGGGAGUCGCCCAAUACCUCUUCGUCUUAACUCUUAACCGAUAUGUAAUUUUACAAGUCAAACACAUACUCACAAGAAGCUCUUCAUUUUUGUUCCUAGCAUCAUCGAGUAGGCUGGGGGUUUGAAAGCUGCUGAUUCACUAUGGACAUAAGUAAAAUGAACCGUGGAGAGAUUACUGUUCUGGGGUGUGCCGGUUGUGCAUUCAUGUCAAUGCACUUUACAGUCCAGCUUCUAUCACAACAUCUAUUUUACUGGAAGAAUCCAAAGGAACAAAGAGCGAUACUCUUUAUUAUCCUCUUGGCUCCUAUUUAUGCUAUUAAAUCUUUUAUUGGUAUGUUGGAUCUUAAAGGAAGCAAACCAUAUGUCAUGCUUUUAGACCCCAUUAAGGAAUGUUAUGAGGCUGUUGUGAUUGCGAAGUUUUUGGCCUUAAUAUAUAGUUACUUGCACAUAUCCUUCGACAGCGACAUGGUACCUGAUGAAAUGAAAGGAAGAGAAAUUCGGCAUUCAUUUCCAAUGACACUUUUUCAGCCACGCACUACUCUACUGGACCAGCGUACUUUGAGGCUUCUGAAAUACUGGGCAUGGCAAUUCGUCAUUACUCGCCCAAUAUGCUCGGUUUUGAUGAUAACAUUACGAAUAUUAGAUAUUUAUCCCAGCUGGGCAAGUUGGCUAUUCACCAUCAUUAUUAGCAUGUCAAUAUCAUUAGCUCUGUACUCCUUGGUGAAAUUUUACCAUGUAUUUGCAAAGGAACUGGAACCGCAUAAGCCACUGGCAAAGUUCGUCUGCCUUAAAGGAACUGUUUUCUUUUGCUUCUGGCAGGGAGUAGUGCUUAAAACCCUUGUUUCAAUGGGCGUGAUUAAAUCUCAUCAUUUCUGGCUGGAGGUGGAGCAUAUUGAUGAAAGCCUUCAGAAUAUCUUGGUUUGUAUUGAGAUGAUUGUGUUUUCUGUUUUUCAGCAAUAUGCAUACCAUGUUGCUCCCUAUAUGGGUGAUGUUCAAGCAAAAUUUAAACGGAGAAAUGAAUGAUUGAACUUCCCACAAGAGGCUUUCUUUAAGGCACCAGAGGGCUUCUGAUUUUAGCAGUUGCAGUGCCAAGAGGUCCUGCUAUUUCAUUUGCUGCUGGCUAACUUUUUCAACAAAUGCAAUAUAUAUUCAGAGGUAGAAACAGCACAAUUUGUACUCAUUAUGUGCCCUUUUUACUGUCACCAAUGUGUCCAGACAAUACUAGCUGGAUCAUGUUACUAUGUCUAUCAUUCUGCUGUCAGAAUAUUUUUCUUAGUUGAUACUCCUAUUUUUGGCAAUGGUACUCAGACAUUACCAUAGUUUA